AUGACUCAAAAGACCUCAACUGAAAAAGUUACAAAAAACAUAGAAAGACCAAAGCCUAUUAGAGGGAACCGUGAAGUAAUAAGGCACUUUGAUCCGUCUACAAAUACCGCAGCUCCUUAUUCAAAUUUAGAUCAAAAUAUCCCUUUAGUCAAUGUUGAUCCAAGUGAACAGAAAAGUGCGUCAAAACCUAAUAAAACUGUUAAAAUCUCUAAAGCAUCUAGAACUUUCAAGCAGAAUAAUAAAUGUCGAAUCAACUUAGACAUCAAAAGCAGUUCUUCAUCUAGUUUAGAAACUAAAAUAAAGAAAUUUCAAAGCAAAUCACUAAAGGGAGGUCAACCCAAGAUAAAAUCUAAAUCAUUUCAUUUGGGCCCCACUUUCACUAAACCCAACGAAAAUGUUGUAAGCAAUGCCAGAGAAAGACAGCUUCCAGCUAAACCCCAAAAUGUUGUUAGUAGUGCUAGAGAAAGACAGCUUCCAGCUAAACCAAAAAACAAUACUCGUUUAAGAUCUUCCACAGAUCCAGCUUUAUUAAAAAAAGAACUCAAUGUUAGAAUAUUAAAACAAGAAAUUUUAGAUAAUAAAAGAGAAACUGUUCAAAGAGCUCUUCAUCCAGAUGCAUGGGUCCCCAUAAUUGAUCCUCGAGUGGAAGGCUUGAAAUCAGAAAUCUUACAAUCAAAAACCAAAAAUAUUUUGAACAAAAAAAUAUUUAUAACAGAAUUAAAAUCAGAAGUAGCCAGAUAUAAGCAUUAUGAAAAUUUUAUGGUUUAUAAUGUUGAAGAAGACGAAAAGAAGAAGCAAGAAAAUAAUAAGCAACAUUUGUCAAACAAAAAGGUUCCAAUUGGUAGUGAAAAGCCUGUAGCAUUGCUGUAUCAGAAUCAGAAACUUCAACCAAACAUUGACCCAAGCUCAGAUAAAAGCAACCGAGAAAGCAACACAUCUGCAUCAACAGAUAGACAAGAAGAUUGUUCUGGAAAAGCUCUAAAAAAUAGAGCUACAAAGUCUGGACAGGCAGCAAUGAAUAAGAAACCUUUGAAAUUCGAAAAACAGAUGGAGUUUUUGAAACAAUAUAUAUCUGAGAGAGACGGAAAAAGCAACAUUCAGUCACCACAAUCUGGUUGCAGUUUUGUCAGUGACGAUGAAGGAAGUAACACUGAGAUAUCAGAAACGUUAUCCAAGGAACCAACCCCAGUUGAGACACCACUAGCUUCUCCCGGAACAUUAUCUUCGACCGAAACCUUGAGAAAAACAAAAAGAAAAAGUAAUGCCUCAGAAGCAUUCCAGAAGUAUAUGGACUAUAAAAAAUUGAAAGACAAUAAGCCAGUCGAUCACCUGACUAAAUAUUUCGCUAGUGUUGAGGAAACUGUGCGAACCUUUCCACUACACCUGCAAAUUAAAAUAAAAUCUGAAUUUUCGUCAAUUUUACACAAAGCUGAAUUUGAAGCCAUGUCAUAUUAUAAUCAAUCUAAAGUUUUGCAACAGCCUCUUUGA